AUGGACGGCAUGGACUACGACCCUAUGGUGAUGGAUGGCGAGCCCGAGCAGCCCCAAGUCACCAUAUCAGCUGUAUGGCGCCCCGAGUUUAUAGCGGCCGACAGCACGCGCGUUGACUUUGCGCUCUCCAGAACCAACCUCUCAUUUGCCAAUUCGAUACGACGAAUCAUUCAGGCCGAAGUGCCCACUAUUGCUAUCGACCUUGUCGAGGUCGAAGUCAACACAUCAGUGCUUGCCGACGAAUUCAUCGCGCACAGAUUAGGUCUCAUUCCUCUCGACGCCAAAGGAGUAAACGAACUCAACUAUUCCCGAGAUUGCGACUGCGAGCAAUACUGCGAACAAUGCAGCGUUAACUUGACCCUACAUGCAAGAUGUACUAGCGAUGAAAUUAUGAAGGUGUACGCGCGGGAUCUGAUCGUCGACGGCCGUCAUGCCAGCCAGGUCGGGACGCCCGUUAUUAACGACCCCGAAGGGAUGGGAUGCUUGAUCGCCAAGCUACGCAAAGACCAGGAGCUAAAGCUCACUUGUAUCGCGAAGAAGGGGAUAGCAAAGGAACACGCCAAGUGGAUGCCAACGUCGGCUGUAGGCUUUGAAUAUGAUCCUCACAAUAAGCUGCAUCAUUUGGAUCUGUGGUAUGAGAAUAACACGGAUCCUCAAAAGGAAUGGCCCAAGAGCAAAUACGCAGAGUGGGAAGACCCCCCUCAAGAUGGCGAGCCAUUCAACUACGAUGCGGUCCCCGACCGAUUCUAUUUCGAAGUAGAAACAUCAGGCAGCAUGGAGCCGGAUCAAAUUGUACAAGGCGGCAUCCGCGCUCUCCAACAAAAGAUCGGCGCGCUCUUAAAGGGUCUCGAUCCAAAGAAAUACGGUGGUGAAGAGCCAGCAGAGUUUGAUGGCCCCAGAAGUCCAGAUAUGAACAUGGACGGCGGCACUACGCCUUGGCAGGACGGCGGAUAUACUACUCCCUAUGGCGGCAAUAUAACUGCUUACGGAGGUGGGAAUACCACGUACGGGGGAGGCAAUAACACUGCGUAUGGAGGCGGUGCUGGCGCAUACGGUACCACACCAUAUGGCCAGUCGUCGUGGCAGUAA